AUGGCCCAACGCGUUCAUCACUUCAAAUUGGUACUCCUAGGAGAUACUGCUGUUGGAAAAUCAUGUUUGGUAGUUCGAUUUGUCAGAGAUGAGUUCUUUGAGUUCCAAGAACCUACUAUUGGAGCUGCCUUUUUGACCCAGACGGUACAACUUGAUGAAUCCACAGUCAAAUUUGAAAUCUGGGAUACAGCCGGACAAGAACGAUACAGAUCCUUGGCACCCAUGUAUUACCGAGGAGCGUCUGCCGCAGUUAUCGUGUAUGAUAUUACCAAUCCCGACUCGUUCAAUGGGGCCAAGUCCUGGGUAAAGGAAUUGCAACGCCGGGGAGACCCAAAUGUAGUUAUUGCAUUGGCUGGUAACAAGGCAGAUUUGGAAUCUAGACGCAAGGUCGAAUUUGAAGAAGCUAACGCAUACGCGGAAGAGAAUGGAAUUUUGCACUUGGAGACAUCGGCCAAGAAUGCUAACAAUGUCAAGGCUCUCUUUGUUGAAAUUGCCAAGAAGCUUCCAAAGAAUCCUCCACAACCUGAGCGCGAAGCAUUCCCAAUUGCAGCUCCUCAGCAAACAACAAACAACUGUUGCUAG